AUGGCUCUCCUCGAUGCUGCCCCCGCCACGCAGCCCGUGGUAGGGCCAACGCUCAUGGGCCUGCCCAUGAAGCAGGUCUCUUUGAUCACUUUGACCUUUCAAAACUCCGCUCUCAUCCUCAUCAUGCACUACUCUCGAAUGAUGCUUCCGACCGGCGACCAUCGAUACUUCACCUCGACCGCCGUCUUCCUGACUGAAGUCAUUAAGCUGGCCAUCUCCCUCACCUUUGCCAUAUACGAAGUCUCGAGGAGCCUGGCCCCCUCCACACCAGCUACCGUCCUGUUCGAGCAGAUAUAUAACUCGGUAUUUUCCGGUGAUGGCUGGAAAUUGGCCAUUCCCGCCACAUUAUACACUUUGCAGAACACCUUGCAGUACGUGGCCGUUGGGAACAUGGACCCGGUGCACUUCCAGAUUAUAUAUCAGCUAAAGAUCCUCACGACGGCCGUCUUCACGGUGACAUUGCUUGGGAGAUCGCUAUCCUCGAAGCGAUGGAUCUCACUGGUCAUACUGACCAUGGGCGUUUCAAUCGUAUCGAUUCCCUCCUCCGACUCGAAGGAGAGCUCCUUCAUGGUCCAUGACAUGACCGACCACUUCUUCCCUCGAUCGGUACACGAGCUCGGUCAGGUGGCCAACGGUAUGGGCGACGUUGCGAGGGAACUUACAAAGCGUGGCUUGGAGUCUCUGGCCGAUGUUGGCGAGGUGCUGACAAAGCGUUCGGCAACUUACGAGGGCAUCGAGGAGGACCAGAAUCUCGCGCCGGUCAUGAACUACUCCAUCGGCCUCUCUGCGGCGCUGGUGGUUGCGGCAAUGUCGGGUCUUACUGGAGUCUACUUUGAGAAAGUUCUCAAAGACUCAGAAACCUCAGUUUCCCUCUGGGUCCGCAACAUUCAGCUUUCCUUCUAUUCGCUAUUCCCUGCGCUCUUCAUCGGAAUCGUGUUCAAAGACGGCGAGGACAUCGCCAAACACGGCUUCUUUGAAGGCUACAACUGGGUGGUUUGGGCAUUGAUUCUUUUACAAGCUUUCGGCGGUGUACUUGCCUCGCUAUGCAUCAACUAUGCCGACAACAUUGCCAAGAACUUUGCUACGAGCAUCAGCAUCAUCAUUAGCUUCUUGUUCAGCGUCUGGUUCUUCAAGUUCAAGGUGACCUUGACGUUCUUGCUCGGGACCGCACUGGUCCUUGCUUCAACCUUCCUCUACACUGGACCAGACCGAAAACGUGGCCGCCCACCACCGAUCAACAUCGUCAAUUUCGAAAAGACAACGAUCGACCCGAUGAACACGCCGAGAACCAAUGACAGACUGGACGUACCAAACCCGAUGGAGAACAUGAAGGCUAUGGGUCUCUCGACAUCUCGUCCCUCGUCACCGUUGCGGCAUCACAUCCGGGUGCCUUCAACCCGCGGAAAGAACCGGGACGAAUGA